AUGAGUGCAACAGCCCGCAUGGGAGGCCAGCUGAUCCUUGAAGAGAAAUACAAUCAGAAUCAUACACCUUCUGAACAAGAGAUACAAGAGUAUGCAAGAGAGAUUGGUAUUGAUCCUGGCAGUGAGCCGGAGCUCCUGUGGCUGGCAAGGGAAGGCAUCGUUACACCAUUGCCUCAAGAGUGGAAGCCUUGUCAGGAAGUGACAGGGGAAAUUUACUAUUUCAACUUCUCCUCAGGCCAGUCCACCUGGGACCACCCCUGCGAUGAGCACUACCGCCUCCUGGUGGCCCAGGAGCGUGAGCGCACCCAGCUCACUGCAGCUGUAGGAGGCAUGGGGGCAAAGAAGGACAAGGACAAGAAGACAAAGAAAGAGAAGAAGGAGAAGGAGAAGGAGAAGAAGGAGAAAAAAGAGAAAAAGUUUAUGCUGGCUAAAGAUGGAGGAAGCUCUUUAGCCAAUAAAGUAGACCGACUCGUCCCCCAUCAGUCCAGACCAUCCAGCUCCUUCUCCAGCCCCUCCGACUCAGAGCGAAGUGGAGUGGAGCUAAGUCCCAAAGCCUCUCUGGGGCUCCAGAGGCCUAGAACCAGGAGAGAGGAGGAGGCGAGGCUCAUUGAGGAGUCUGACAGGAUGCUGGAGGAUACCAGAGAGUCUAUCCAGAGGGAGAGAGAGACACAUAAUCACAAGCUCAGGGAGGAGAGCGAAGCCAUCCUGGAAGAUUUGGAAAAAACACUAGAGGAAGAGCGAGCAGCGGAGCGAGACAGGCUGGAAGCCCAGAAGAGGCAGGAUCUUGAACUCCUUAAGGCUGAGCAGGGAGAGGAGCUGGAAGCAGAGAGGACCGACUACCAACGAGAACUCACUGGCCGGCUUCAGGAAGUGCGGGAGGAAGAGCAGCGGGAUCAUGAGAGGAAGCUGGAGAAGCUGAGGGAAGACCACAAGAGAGAAAUGAACAACAUCAGAGAGAAAUACCUGGAUGAGGAGACCAUACAGAGAGAGCGCUUGCUGUCCACUCUGCAGGACGACAGAGAUCACCUCCAGGCCUCCCACGCUGUCCAGAUGGAGAAACUGAGGCUUCAGCUCAACACUCAGAUACGAAAGACGCAGCUCACACACUCACGCAAGGAGUCCGAAAUGCAGGAUCUGGCAGAUCAGUUGGAGCUGAAAGUCAAAGAGCUGAAGAGCCAGGAGAGCAUGCUGCAGAUCCAGGAGAGAGACCAGCCAAAGGACGAGCUGGAGAGGAUGAGAGAGGAUAAACAGCAAGCCUUAGAACUCAUCCAGAGAGUCAGGGAGGAGCGGAGCGGGGCAAUCAAGGAAAAGGAGAGGCUGAAAGGGGAGAGGGAAAAAGCCAGAGACAAGAGCAGGAGAGUGAAGGAGGACAAGGAGAAACUGGAGAGCAAUGUGACGCUGCUGCAUGAGAGAUGCAACGGUCUCAGCCACAGAGUCAGUCUCAACGCCGUCUACAAUGCCCCCAUCAGCAGCGGGCUGAAGGCCUCUGAGGAUCUCCUCAACAGCCGGUGGAGCCAGAUUUUUCCUGGAGCAGCUGUGGACCCAGUUGCGUCCAGCACCAUGAGGACCAGCUCAGCCUACUCAACUUACACUCCUGUUAGUGAACAGAGUACCAGCCUGCGGUCCAUGCAGAAUUCAGCAGAGAUCGAUGGUCAGAGGCUGCAGGGAAUGAUCGACAGCAACAAGAGGUGGCUGGAGACGCAGAAGAAAGACCCCAGCAUACCUCUAUUGACUCGCUAUCAAGCUCCGUCCUCCAAGAGAAGCCUGGUCCAGCUGGGCAUGGACGAUACCAACCAGAUCAGAAGCCAGAAGGAGGUAUGGGAACUGAGCUCCCAGUCUGGCUGCAUGGCCGGCGGGCGGGCGGGUGGCCAGUCCACCUGGGACCACCCCUGCGAUGAGCACUACCGCCUCCUGGUGGCCCAGGAGCGUGAGCGCACCCAGCUCACUGCAGCUGUAGGAGGCAUGGGGUUUAUGCUGGCUAAAGAUGGAGGAAGCUCUUUAGCCAAUAAAGUAGACCGACUCGUCCCCCAUCAGUCCAGACCAUCCAGCUCCUUCUCCAGCCCCUCCGACUCAGAGCGAAGUGGAGUGGAGCUAAGUCCCAAAGCCUCUCUGGGGCUCCAGAGGCCUAGAACCGCUAGAGGUCGGACCCCGUUAAAAACCCUUGACAAACCAGACAGAGAGAAUAAAGAGAGAGAGGAAGACGAUGAUAAGGAGAGUGAGUGGGAGGAGAUUCUUAGAGAACAAAAAGAGAAGGAGGGGGGGAGGAGGAAGGCUGAUCAGGAGGUAGAGGAGGAGAAAAAACAGUUGAUGGGGGAGAAAGAGAAGAGGAUGUGUCUCCUCCAGGAGGAGCUGCGUAGGGAGGAGGAGGAGGAGGAGAGGAUUCUGAAGGAGGAGAGUGAGGAAAGACUGAGGGCUCUGAGGCAGCGUCUCCUGUUAAAGAGGAGAGAGGAGGAGGCGAGGCUCAUUGAGGAGUCUGACAGGAUGCUGGAGGAUACCAGAGAGUCUAUCCAGAGGGAGAGAGAGACACAUAAUCACAAGCUCAGGGAGGAGAGCGAAGCCAUCCUGGAAGAUUUGGAAAAAACACUAGAGGAAGAGCGAGCAGCGGAGCGAGACAGGCUGGAAGCCCAGAAGAGGCAGGAUCUUGAACUCCUUAAGGCUAAGCAGGGAGAGGAGCUGGAAGCAGAGAGGACCGACUACCAACGAGAACUCACUGGCCGGCUUCAGGAAGUGCGGGAGGAAGAGCAGCGGGAUCAUGAGAGGAAGCUGGAGAAGCUGAGGGAAGACCACAAGAGAGAAAUGAACAACAUCAGAGAGAAAUACCUGGAUGAGGAGACCAUACAGAGAGAGCGCUUGCUGUCCACUCUGCAGGACGACAGAGAUCACCUCCAGGCCUCCCACGCUGUCCAGAUGGAGAAACUGAGGCUUCAGCUCAACACUCAGAUACGAAAGACGCAGCUCACACACUCACGCAAGGAGUCCGAAAUGCAGGAUCUGGCAGAUCAGUUGGAGCUGAAAGUCAAAGAGCUGAAGAGCCAGGAGAGCAUGCUGCAGAUCCAGGUAGUAGAUCUGAAGAGAAGGAGGAAGAACCUCAUAGAUGAAGGAGAGGAGGUGGACACAGAGAGAGAGGCCUUACCCCAGCUGAACCAGGAGAGAGACCAGCCAAAGGACGAGCUGGAGAGGAUGAGAGAGGAUAAACAGCAAGCCUUAGAACUCAUCCAGAGAGUCAGGGAGGAGCGGAGCGGGGCAAUCAAGGAAAAGGAGAGGCUGAAAGGGGAGAGGGAAAAAGCCAGAGACAAGAGCAGGAGAGUGAAGGAGGACAAGGAGAAACUGGAGAGCAAUGUGACGCUGCUGCAUGAGAGAUGCAACGGUCUCAGCCACAGAGUCAGUCUCAACGCCGUCUACAAUGCCCCCAUCAGCAGCGGGCUGAAGGCCUCUGAGGAUCUCCUCAACAGCCGGUGGAGCCAGAUUUUUCCUGGAGCAGCUGUGGACCCAGUUGCGUCCAGCACCAUGAGGACCAGCUCAGCCUACUCAACUUACACUCCUGUUAGUGAACAGAGUACCAGCCUGCGGUCCAUGCAGAAUUCAGCAGAGAUCGAUGGUCAGAGGCUGCAGGGAAUGAUCGACAGCAACAAGAGGUGGCUGGAGACGCAGAAGAAAGACCCCAGCAUACCUCUAUUGACUCGCUAUCAAGCUCCGUCCUCCAAGAGAAGCCUGGUCCAGCUGGGCAUGGACGAUACCAACCAGAUCAGAGUCUACCACUACUGA